AUGGCCGUCAACUACCUCUCGAACAAGGCGCAGGAGGUGAUGGGCGACAAGCCGACGGCCAUUUCGCCGGGCUACGAGGCGGCGCCGUCGGGCGAGACAAUGGAGGCGCUGACGUGGCACGGCGUCCGCGACGUGCGCAUGGCGACGGUGCCCAAGCCCACCGUGUCGGACGCCAACGACGCCGUCAUCCGCAUCACGGGCUCCACCGUGUGCGGCUCCGACCUGCACCUCUACCACGGCGAGAUCCUCCAGCUCAAGCAGGGCGACGUCCUCGGCCACGAGGCCAUCGGCGUCGUCGAGCAGGUCGGCGACGCCGUGCGCACCAUCAAGGUCGGCGACCGCGUCGUGUGCUCGUUUAGCAUCUCGUGCGGCCAGUGCGACAUGUGCAAGCGCGACCUCGGAAGCAUGUGCGAUGUCGUCAACAAGAGCAGCGUCAUGGACAAGCUGUACGGCAAAAAGAUCGGCGGCGUGCUCGGAUACGGCCACUUCCUCGGCGGCUUUGCGGGCGCCCAGUCCGAGGCGAUGCGCAUGCCGUUUGCCGACCGCAACUGCUUCAAGGUGCCCGACUCGCUGCCCGACGAAAAGGCCCUCUACCUGUCCGACAUCGUCUGCACCUCGUACCACUCGGUCGUCGACGUCGACUUCCAGCCGGGCGAGACGGCCGCCAUCUGGGGCGCGGGCCCCAUUGGCCUCAACCUGUGCCAGUGGCUCAAGCCGGACCUCUUCAACGCCAAAAAAGUCAUACUCGUCGACAACGACGUGCACCGCCUCGCGUUUGCGCGCGACCGCUUCGGCGUCGAGACGAUCAACUUUGACGAGGUCAAGGACGUCGCCGCCGCCAUCCAGGAGCUGGUCCCCAUUGGCGUCGACGUCUCGUUUGACGCCGCCGGCUUCCGAUACGCCAAGACGGCCCUGCACAAGGCCAUGCGCGCCGUCGCCCUCGAGACCGACUCGCCAGAGGUGCUCAACGAGGCCAUCCGCGCCACGCGCAAGUUUGGCAAGAUCUCCAUCGCCGCCGACUACGCCGGCACCACCAACGGCUUCCUCAUUGGCGCCCUGAUGGAGCGUGGAAUCCAACUCAAGGGCAACGGCCAGGCGCCCACGCAGCGAUACAUUCCCAAGCUGAUGAAGGAGUACCUCGAGCCGGGUCGCUUUGACCCCACCAUCAUCUUGACGCACCGCUUCAAGCUCGAGGACACCGCCGAGAUAUACGCCGCGUUUGACGAGAAGCGCUUCGACGAGUCCAAGGGCGUCGGCUUGCUCAAGUGCUUCGUCGAGACCAAGCACUCGUUCCCGCGCGCAGAGGGCACGCCCGAGCUGUCCAAGAUCCCCGAGCGCACGUAG